AUGUCCAUGAUCUCAACGCUGCCCGUCUGGUUGCAGAUGGUCACCUCGGGCAUCGUUGCUCUGGGCGCCUUUCUUAUCCCCGAGUCCCCGCGCUGGCUCAUAGCUAAUGACAAGCACGACCGCGCCGCCCAGGCCCCAGGCGACGUGGAUCAUCAUCUGUGGGACUACCAUGAGCUGUGGCAUACGCACUCCGCCCAUCGCCGUCUAAUUUGUAUCAUCGGUAUGGCUUGCUUUGGCCAGAUCUCGGGCAACAGUCUCUCCUCGUACUGUAAGUAG